UUGCAGGUUGCACUAAUUAUCUUCGUGACAGCUUCGGAAACGUAUGACACUACAACUGCUGCAGAGCAGUACUUUCUAACCUUAGCUGGAUACACAGGUAUUCCAGUGAUAGCAUGGAAUGCUGACAAUUCUGGAUUUUCACUAGGGAAGGAUCUCACGCCUUAUAGGAUAAUUCAAAUGGCACCACCUAUAGAACAUCAGAUAAGAGCGAUGAUAGCGCUGCUGCAGAGAUACAGUUGGUCGAAAUUUGGAGUGGUAUGUUCACAAAUGGCCGGCUCACCGGAAUUCAUCAAAAGUGUGCGACAUGAGAUCGCCGAAGCUAGCAAUAAGUCCGCAAAAUUCGAGAUCAUGUUUCAUAGUCAACUGGAUACAUCGAAUUUGACGGAUGUGGACGCGCAGCUUCUUGAACUAAGGAAAAGCCAAGCGAAGAUUGUGCUACUCUACGCGACUGCUGCUCAAGCAAGAACAAUUUUUGAGAGGGCAGUUCCACUGGGACUAACAUCUGAGAAAUAUCUCUGGAUAGGGACACAGUCAGUGCGAGGAACGCAAACAUCAGUGACAGGGCAUACGCAGCCGGGAAUGUUGUCAGUGAAUUUUCAUACAGGUAUGGAAGGCUGGGACAUCAUUCUUUUUAGUUUAUAG